ACCUUUGCCAAUCAAUACCCUUAAAAAUGGCCGAAGGCACCUACGAAUACGAAUGCAUGAGAGCCGAGUUACUCGGCAUCGAGAAGCCCGAUUAUGACGAGUUCCUCAAAAGGAAGCAAGCUGAAGUCGAAGCCGAAGAACAAGAAAUCGAAAACUUGAAGAGCGCUGAAAGCGAAGCGGAACAAGUGACACAUAUCGCAGGCGGCUUGGAGGAACUCUCCGGUAUCCUCCAAGUGACUCAACGCAAACUCACACGAUUUAAAGCGUCUUGUGGUUCGCUCACGAAUUUGUUAAAAAUCAAAAUUGGCGCGUCGUCGGAAGCUAAUGAUGUAGUGCCACCUCUGGAGGCACACUCUGUGGAAACGGGCGAAAGGAGCGAAUUGGAUAAGCUUGAUUCGCUGAUCCAGAAGGCUGAGGAUGCUCAAUACAGUAUGGCGCAUCAAAAUAAACAAAUGAAGCGGUUUUUGAAUUAGAUGGGACGAUUUUUUCUUGUUGUAGUGCUUCCAGCUUUUUUCUAUUUUGCGGGAAAAGGCUCAACUUGCACAAAUCGAUUAUUGGCCUUUGAUUAUUAUUAUAUCAUGUUUAAAUCAUUGUUCAAUGUGGGUGAUGUCUGUUUCGAAUUGCAACGGACAAUUUUACCUCUGUUUAAAUUUUGAAUGAAAAAAUACAAAUAUAAAAGUUUGAUUUA